AUGAACAGAAUAAGUCUGCCGAUGGUAUUAUUUGACAGGCAAGAACUGAGCUCCUGGCUAAUGGUUGCCACAGUUACAAAUAAGAUUCAGUCGUUACUAGUCGUUUCACUAUUUUUGACAUUAUGUUCAGGUAUAAUUAUACAGAAUCCCGUAACAGGAGCAUUAGUCAGAGAGAGCCACAAUAUUGAUAUUGGGUAUUUAAAUCGAAGUGCUACAUUAAACCCCGAGCACCACUUUCUAAAGAUAGGGCAUAACGGAGGGAUCUCCAGUGACCUUGAGUUGUGUAACCGGAUGGCGGUGCACGAUGUGUUGCUCGGGAUUCCUGGGUCCAAUGCUGCAGAUGCAGCAGUGACUACGUGCUUGUGCAUUGGAAUGAUAAACUUCUUUAAUAGUGGGAUUGGAGGUGGGGGGUACGCUGUAUAUACAGAUGGGCUCCGUCCUUCCAGGCAUCUAGCGUUCGAUUUCCGUGAAGCAGCGCCGGAGUUGGCACAUAGAGAUAUGUAUGAACAUGAUGAAAGUUUGUCGAAACUUGGCGGGUUAGCCAUCGGAGUGCCUGGGGAAUUGGCGGGGCUUUAUGAGUUAUAUGAACGAAGAGGCAGCGGAGUAGCCAAGUGGGCGGAUCUAUUAAGGCCCGUAAUAGAGCUAGGGUUUGAUGGGUGGAGUAUAGGCCCAGCUUUAGCAGCUACAUUGAAGGAGUAUGAAGCCUUUUUCAAACAGCACAGGAACGACUGGGGUUUUGUUUUCCACAAAACCGAAAACAGGGUACUUGGUCUAGGAGAAUGGAUAUCCAGACCUGCUUUGGCCAAGACUUUAGAGACAUUGGCUAGUAGUGGGAAUGUAGCACCGUUUUACGAACCCAACUCGCACUUGGUGAGUUCAAUGGUGAACAAGAUCCAAAGUUCACAGGGGAUCAUUACAGAGUCAGAUUUUGCGAAAUAUUCCGUAGAUGUUACAACACCACUAAAACUCAAGAUAAGGAAGGGCUGGCAAUAUUUGCCAAACAAUGAUUUGACGGUGUUAACAUCCGGCGGCUCCAGUUCAGGCGCUGCUCUACUCUCUGCUUUAAAAAUCAUGGAUAAUUUUGAAAGUAGCGAAGGCGGUGAUUUACACCUCAAGGAAUCCUACCAGUUGGUAGAGGCUAUGAAAUGGAUGGCUAGUGCUAGAAGCAGGCUCGGAGACUUUGGCGGUGGCGAGGAGAUACCACCACAGGUAAAGGAUAUCUUGAGUGACAAAUGGUCAGAUUACGCGGCAUCGCUGAUAAAAGACGGAUAUCUAGAAAAUGGGUAUGGAACAUUGACCAAGUGGGCUGAUUAUUUGCCGCUGUACGAAAUAAAUGAACCCCAUGGCACUGCUCACUUUUCCAUUGUUGACCACAAAAACAACGCCGUCUCAUUUACAACCACCAUAAACUUGUUAUUUGGUUCUCUAAUCCACGACCCCGGCACAGGGAUCGUGUUCAACAACCAGAUGGAUGACUUUAGCCAACCAGGCAGAACCAACAGCUUCGGCCUAAGCCCUUCCCCCUACAAUUAUAUAGAACCCUUCAAAAGACCACUAUCGUCCACAGCCCCAACCGUUGUCCUCAACGAACUAGGCCUCCCCGAUAUGAUAGUCGGUGCCUCAGGAGGUUCCAGAAUCACAACCGCAAUCCUCCAGGUCAUCAUCAGAUCAUACUGGUACCACAUGCCCAUCUUGGAGACCAUCGCAUAUCCAAGAAUCCACCACCAGUUACUUCCCGAAGUUUUGCAGGUGGAAAGCUUGUCGAUGAUUGGCAACAACACCAUCACCGAAUUACGACGCAUGGGCCACAAAACCAUCGAGGCAACCCCUAAAAGCGUGGUCAAUGCAGUAAAGAACUGGCACGGCGUCUGGCACGCCGUCAGCGACUACUGGAGAAAACGUGGUGUCUCCGUCGCAUACUGA